GAUAAAAUUUAGCAGAUGGUCCCAAGCUCAAAACGGAAUCAGAAAAAGAGUAAACAGCCACGAAGGGGAAGAGGGUCUGGGAGAGGCCGAGGGAGACGCCAGGUUCAAGAGCCGCAGCCAGAGCCGCAGCCAGAAAUACAGCUGGAGGUAACCGAGGAGAAAGAGCCAGAAACACAAGUGAUCCAGGUGGAGGAGAAAGCUGAAGCUAUUCUGGAUUUCCCAGCAGAGACUUCCAUUCCACCUGUAGAAGCUGAAGAGCUGUACUCCCAACAGCAAGAAGCAGCUGAGGAAGCAGCCCCAGCCAGAGACACUCUUUUCUCACUGGGACUUGAAGAGUUUCCAAGGACCGAAGAACCAGAAAUCCCCAAGACCCUGGAAAAUGACCAUUUGGAACAGGAGUUCUCUGGCAUGCUUUAAUUUAAAAGUUGUAGUGCAGACAGUAAUUGUUGCUGCUUAGCAUGAAAACACUGUUAGCAUGUAGGAUACCUGCUGUUGUGUGAACAAUAAAAGUCAGUGGCCGAUGAA